AUGCGGUUCAACACGACCGCCCUUUUGGCCCCCCUAUCCCUUGCGGGACUCGCGCACGCGAUCAACAUCAUCUCGUCCAAUGACGAUGGUUGGGCGGAGGUCAACAUUCGUGCUCUCUACGAUUCCCUCAACUCUGCUGGGCAUGUGACGGUGGUCUCCGCACCUGCUGAAGACGAGAGCGGAACAGGCUCUUCCCAGGGGACUCCAACGGUGCUCACGGAAGCCUGUGAGUUUAACAGCUGCCCAUCUGGCAGUCCGGCCAUUGGACAUAAUGCUUCCCAGCCGCGGCUGAAUUACGUGAACUCGUACCCUGCAACUUCCAUGAAGUACGGUAUCAAUUCCAUCGGUCCUACGUAUUUCGAUGGCGACGCUCCUGACCUCGCGGUUACUGGUCCUAACGUUGGCUACAACAUUGGAAUCGAGGCUUUCCUCUCUGGAACCGUUGGAGCGGCCACUUACGCUGCCUACAAUGCUGGCAUUCCAGCCAUCGCUUUCUCUGGGUCAACUGGCUCUCAAACCGCGUGGAAUGCGUCCUCUACAUAUCCACUCUAUAGCCAGAUUUACGCCGAUCUGGCGGUGAACGUGACCGACACAUUGAUUGCGUCGGGUGUGCCUUACCUGCCCGAUAAUAUCUGGCUCAAUGUGAACUUCCCGUCGGUCUCCGACUCUGAAUGUACCAGCACGGACGACUUCAAAUUUAUCUUGUCUCGCAUCCAUGUCGCGGUGCCUCUGAUCACCGCUGAUGAUGUGACUACUUGUGGAAGUUCCCGUUUGCCGACCGAGUAUGAGGUGGCCCUGACCUCUGGGUGUUACGCGAGUGUCUCUGUCGGUUUGGCGAGCGACAAAUUGGAUGCCAACGCCACUAUGCAGGAGGUUGUUCUGAACAAGCUUAGCGGUAUUCUAUCCUGCCUUUGA